AAGUUUAAGAACGGACUGGCAAGUCGUGGCGCUUCGUCCACGUCUCGGACAGGUUGAGCCGGGAGGUCAGGCUGGUGCAUGACAAAGAUCAACAAUGCUGAAUGCACACUCGUGACUCACAUUGAGCCGGCUAUUGACAGUUGCAUGCAUGUUCCAAUCGUUGAGAAAACCAGCGGCAAAGUGCGUUCGGCAGUCAUUGGACUGCAAGACAAACAUCAUGAGUCUUUUCGUCUCACCACCCAAGACGAGAUUGAGAGGCUGGAAACGAAUGCUCGGAAGGAACUCGCCCGAAAGUGUGUCAUGGAAGAAGACACUGUCAUUCUUGUCGGAGUCAUGUUGGCGUCUCGAGUGACGAUUGCACAUCCGCCACCGCUUUCGUGGGUGAUGCACCGCGGCGACCUGGACCAAUUCGUUCAAGGCUUCCAGAUGACAGUUCCUUGAAAACGUUCCUUGCACUGCAAGAUUGCAUGUCAUUUUCGCUCACCACACUUCUGCCGGCCUCGGAAAACGUGAAAAAGCGUGACUAGAGAGAUGCUUGUUCAACAGUCAAACAACAUGAAUGUGGAAUGCCGUUGACAUUGUCAAUUUGUACUGUGUGCACAAAAAGCACAAACAUUCAACUCGAGUCACGCAAAGAAUCAACCAAAGCAAGCAAGCUCCACUUUAGUAUUCAGAACAGCCACCAUUCUCGUCAAUCACGUCUUGGAUGCAGCGUGGCAUCGAGGAAA